UCUGCGACUUGAACCACAUUGCUAGCUGCAGGCUGCAAUCUAUAUCGUCCUGAUCAUAACCAUGUCUGGCAGAAGGGAUCCUUUAUUUGUUGGUGGUGUGAUAGGGGAUGUGUUGGACCCAUUCGAACGAUCUGUUCGUCUCAGAGUCACUUACAACAAUAGGGAAGUUAAUAAUGGAUGCGAGUUUAGGCCCUCCGCUGUGGUCAAUCAGCCCAGAGUUGAAGUCGGAGGCACUGCUCCUGGCAAGCUCUAUACACUGGUAAUGGUUGAUCCUGAUGCUCCGAGCCCAUGUGAUCCAAACAUGAGAGAGUAUUUGCACUGGUUGGUGACAGAUAUCCCAGAUGGUGCUGGCCCAAAUCAUGGGCAGGAGAUAGUAUGCUACGAGAACCCACGUCCAGUACUGGGGAUUCAUCGCUAUGUGUUCGUGUUGUUCCAGCAACCUGGAAGGCAGACGAUUUAUGCUCCAGGCUGGCGCCAAAAUUUCAGCACUCGAGACUUUUCUGAGCUUUACAAUCUCGGCUUGCCGGUUGCUGCCGUUUAUUUCAAUUGCCUCAGGGAGGCUGGCUAUAAUGGAAGAAGACGUUAACUCA